GAGGAGGAGGAGGAGGACGGGCCGGGCCCGGGCCGGCGCACGGUCGCUCGGGGCCCGGCGCCGAGGGAGGGGCCUGGUGCGGGCCGGCGGCCCGGAGCGUGGGGGGCGAGCACGGGGCCCGGCGGCGCCGCCGCGAUGGCCCAGCAGCAGAUGACCAGCUCGCAGAAGGCCCUGAUGCUCGAGCUGAAAUCGCUGCAGGAGGAGCCGGUGGAGGGCUUCCGGAUCACGCUGGUGGACGAGUCCGACCUCUACAACUGGGAGGUGGCCAUCUUCGGGCCCCCCAACACCCUCUACGAGGGCGGCUACUUCAAGGCACAUAUUAAAUUUCCUAUUGACUACCCAUAUUCACCACCUACCUUCAGAUUCUUGACCAAAAUGUGGCACCCCAACAUUUAUGAGAAUGGAGAUGUAUGCAUUUCAAUUCUUCACCCACCUGUAGAUGAUCCACAAAGUGGAGAACUGCCCUCUGAAAGGUGGAAUCCUACCCAGAAUGUCAGGACUAUCCUGUUAAGUGUGAUCUCGUUGCUUAAUGAACCCAACACCUUCUCCCCAGCCAAUGUGGAUGCUUCAGUUAUGUUCAGGAAAUGGAGGGACAGUAAAGGAAAAGACAAAGAGUAUGCUGAAAUCAUUCGAAAACAGGUUUCAGCCACUAAAGCCGAAGCAGAAAAGGAUGGAGUGAAGGUCCCCACGACCCUGGCAGAAUACUGCAUCAAAACUAAAGUGCCUUCCAAUGACAACAGUUCAGAUUUGCUUUAUGACGACUUGUAUGACGACGACAUUGAUGACGAAGAUGAGGAGGAGGAAGAUGCCGACUGUUACGAUGACGACGAUUCUGGGAAUGAGGAGUCGUGACGUGCUCGGGCAAGGCCCCCGCACUGCCCUGCCAUCUCAGGCCAACGGGAGGGGAGCAAGAGGGGACCGAGCAGUGGCCCCGCAGCAGAAACCUAUCGCAGGGGGUGGGGAAAACAAACACGGCUCCUGCUGACUCCCUUAUGGAUCUCAGUUUGCUCCUUUUCAUGGACCUCUUACUGGAGAGAAAGCAUCCUCCACAGAAUGUCUGAAUUCUCGCAUUCUUUACCCUUCCAUCACUGUAUUGAUUUUUUUUUUCUUCUUCUUCUUUAAACUCAAACUUGCGCCUCACUUCAUCUCUACAAAGUGUUCACAGCAAAACACGUUUGGCCUGUUUUUAGAUUCUGGAAGAAUUAAAUAGUCUUUCAUCAAGAUGUUCAAUGUAUGUAAGGCUGGGAACCCCUUGAAAGUUCACAAGUGCUGCAAAUUCUGGGUAGCAAAAUAAAAUGGAAAAAAAAAUCCAGAAAACCUCCAUAAAACAAAAAAAAAUUUUUUUUUUGGCCAAGGUUUAGCUGCUCAUUAACAUUAGUGUGUUCAGCCCUAUGGUGGUGAAUUUUGUUUCUUUCCCUUCUUAAGGCUGGGGUAUAGUGGGCAUCAGGGACUUUGUGCUACGCCUGAUGAAAUACGUUCCUAAAUGCACAGAACCCCUUCAGCUUCCAGGAUUCACCCUAACUUGGAGGCCUGUUCCUCUGAGACUAAUCAGAUUUUGUUUUUUGAAAUCAAUUGGGAUCUAAAGCCUGAAUAAAUAUUCAUACUUUACAUAGAACUGAGCACUUGAUUGCUAUUUAUUUUAAAGAGAGAGCUAUAUAUCUCCCUCCCCACCAACCCCACCCCCUACAGUGGGGAGAGUGGGGAAUUUAUGUGUGUGUGUGGAAGUUCAGUGAUGGGAGCAAUUUUUUUUAAUCACUAUUGUAAUUUUGGUUGAUGCUGCUGGGGGAGUCAAAAGUCAAAAUUACUGGUGACCACUGUUGGAAGAGAAACAUCUAUUUUAUAUACUUGACAUGGCCUUUCCCCCUCAAAGAGAUGCUUUUCACCAUGAGGAUUUUGUUAAGUAGCCAGUUUUAAUGAGCAUUAAUGCUAGGUGCAUGUGUUGAGAUCUUGGGUCUCGUUGAGCUGCUUAUAUACGGUAACUUUGGUUGCAAGUCAUGAAUGGCCAGUUCCUCACUGGAUGUGACUUGGACAUUUUUCUUUCUUUCCAGUGUACUCUCGAGUGGAAGCAGAAGGUGUGCGUGGCGCUUUCCCUGGGUUGCUCUGAUUUUUCUGGCAGGACUGAGGAAUUUACUCUGGGCGGUAUCUGGGCAGUGCUAGAUCUUCCUUGCUAUGCGUUUGGUGCAGCUUCAUCUCCCCCAUUUCAAUCAUGUUUCUUCAGCCUUCACAAACCAGGGACUACAGAAUGCCAGUUCCUAGGAGGGUAGAGUCCUUUCAGUGGAGACACUAGUGCAAAAAUCAUGGACUUCAGAAGGAAAAUACAGCAGAGAUUGACUGCAAUCCUACUUCACUGGUUUCAAUCCCACAUCCGUGUGCGCUGGUUUGAACUCGAACUGGAGAGUUGAUUGGGAACAGGGCAGGCUAGACCCUCGAAUAGAGCAGUGACUUCCUUGUUCCGCCUUCCUUUCUGAUCUCAGGGUUUUCAUUCGCUUUUCCAAGCUCUCCAAACAAGCUGACUAAUUCCCAGCAACCCUCCCUGGCCUCUCAAGUCUGGUCUAGUGUUAGUGGGAAUGUUUGAACACACCGCGAUUCGCAUGGGACAGUGUUGGACCUGGUCUCUGAAUCUCUGUCGCGUCCCCAUGGGAUCAGGGCUGUUUGUAUGGAGUGAGUCCUGUCAGAUUUCCUGAACUCUAGAAACAAGUCUGACGGGCAGACUCCUCAAGAGAUUGAAACUCCAGGUUUCUCAAUACUCCCAGAUAACCUGCAGCUCUUUGGGAGACCCAAGUGUCUUGUAGUGCUUUGAUGACCCCAUCCCAACGUUUACAGCCAGUAGGUUGGAACCCUCAAUCUAAAUCUUUUCCCCCUUAAUGCUAGAGCAUUUCUCCCCCAGGGCAGGGCAGGCCAGGCCUCUUGGCAUGAUGGGAGGUGCUAUGCUGCUCAGCUCUGUCCCACGGGCCCUGCUGGCCUCUGUUGCGUGUUGACUCAGGGAGCCAGAGAGCCAGGUAGAGGGGAUGCCGCUCCUCCUUCGGGGGGUUGCUGUUGCGGGCUGAGCUUGCCAAUGGUACAGUCCAGUCAGAUCCAGAAAGGACUGGGGAGUGUUGAUUUGCUAGCAGGUAGGCAUAUUAUAGCUCACUUACAAAACCCAGAUGCCGGUUCCAGAGCUCUGUCCCUGAGAACACCGUGGCAAAACUUGAGUAUGUCGUUGCUUUUCUUCUUAGAAGUGGAGGGCUCAGGCCAGAACCUUGUGAGUAUACUUGUGCUAAUUAUUUGGUGUAACAUGAACUCAAAACCCUCUAUUUUUAGGUUCCUUUCGAUUCUAAUGGAGUCUCUGGAAGAUCUUCAGGUGUGCUUAUUUUGAGGUUGGGUGGAGAAAGUAUAUCAUGAUUCCCUUGUUGCUUUCUCGAAGUCUUCCCCCCCUCUUUUUCUCUCUCAUUCCAGAGUUCUUUUCCAUUAGAGAAACAUUUUUAUCGGCCCUUCUUUCUUCUUCCCUGGUAAUUAUUUGCUGGUUUCCUAUGUUUGGGACAUACUACAGUAGAAGUUGAAGGGGAAAACACGCCGUUCUCCACUGAAAUUAACGCUCCAUGCCUCCCAUCCUGAUAAACAAGGUUUACAUUUACAAAAAAGUUUCAGAUGCAAUUUUCAACUAUUCCGAAACCAGCAGGAUAUACCUGACUUUUAAUAGUUUUCUUAGCUAAAAUUAGAGAUGUUUUCUUCAGUUUAACUUAUAAGAUGAUGCAUUUUGUGUUGACUUCCCCUUUAGUGGUUUAUUUUGUCUUUUUCUGCCCAUAUGUCUACUAAUAAAAUGUGAAAUAAAAUAUACCUGUAUUGCUACUUCCCCAUG